AUGAAAUUCGGUGAAGAUUACGCGACAUUUGGGCAUGAGUUGGAAAGAUUAGCUCGUUUAGUUUAUCCCGAAUGUUCGUUUGAGGUGCGGGAUAAAAUUGCUUGUGCGCAAUUCAUUAUGGAAAUGCCUGAGGGGGCGAGAGUCCUCGUCGUUCCUGACACGAGCGUACUCGUGAAUACCGAGGCGAGAGUCCUCGCCGUUCCUGACACGGGAGUACUCGUGAAUACCGAGGCGAGAGUCCUCGCCGUUCCUGACACGAGCGUACUCGUGAGUACCGAGGCGAGAGUCCUUGCCGUUCCUGACACGAGCGUACUCAUGAAUACCGAGGCGAGAGUCCUCGCCAUUCCUGACACGAGCGUACUCGUGAGUACCGAGGCGAGAGUCCUUGCCGUUCCGGACACGAGCGUACUCAUGAAUACCGAGGCGAGAGUCCUCGCCGUUCCUGGCACGAGCGUACUCGUGAAUACUGAGGCGAGAGUCCUCGCCGUUCCGGACACGAGUGUACUCGUGAAUACCGAGGCGAGAGUCCUCGCUGUUCCUGACACGAGCGUACUCGUGAAUACCGAGGCGAGAGUCCUCGCCGUUCCUGACACGAGCAUACUCGUGAAUACCGAGGCGAGAGUCCUCGCCGCUCCUGACACGAGCGUACUCGUGAUUUACCGGGAGUGA